CUUCUUCGCCUCCCGGGGCGGGGCGGAGCGGAGGGGGCGCUGUUUUGCGUACGCCGGUUCCCCUGUGCGCGCGGGUCUCCACCAUGAGUGGCCUUUGGCGGCUCUUGCGCUUGUGGAAGGUCCGGCUGUUGGGGCCGGAGAAGCAGUACGUGGGGAGCGACCCCUUCGGGAACAAGUAUUACCGGAUCGCCAAGCAUGAAACGCUGGGAGGACAGAUCAUUCAGGAGAGGAGAUUCAUGGAAGCUGAUGGUAUAAAGGAGCAUGAGUACGAAGUAGGGAGCAUUCCAGUGGAAUGGGAAGCUUGGAUGAGGAAAAAAAGAAAAGACCCACCGACAGUUGAGGAAAUUCUAAAGAAUGAGAACUACAAAGAAGAAAUUAAAGAGAGGAUUCAGGAGAUUUAUGAAAAAGACCGACUCUUACAAGCCAAAGAAUAUGAAGAUGGACUAGUGGCAGAGCAACUUCAUACUCAGAUUAAAGGCCAUGCAUCUGCCCUUCCUUUUGGAAAGAAUGAGCCUUCGGAAGACCCGGUCAGUACAGCAAAGACUUUUCAGCCAGGAUCCUGGAUGCCUUCUAAGGAGAGUCCUCGGAAGGAAGAAGGGAACAGAUGAAAAGCAUCUAGAAAUAGAUUAAUUAGGUUAAUGUUUUCUUAUUAUAUAUUAAGUGACUGAUGCAUAUAUACACUUGUGUAAGUGUAUAUGUAUUUGUUCAUUAACUGUGAAAUUGAUUUGUUCAGUGGCAAGGCAUUUAUUCUCAAGAUAUUUUUCUUUAAAAAGCUGAUUAAAUUAUUGCCUUCUAUACUUUGACUAUUAGUUUUCUAUUAGUUUCACUUUUAAAAGAAUAUUCAAUGUUGAUAUUAUUGUGUGGAUUAUGGGUGAAACCAUUGAUCUUCAAGAUAUAGAGAUAUAUAUAGGGGUAAGGAAAGGGACGUGGGGGCACUGUGGGUUAAACUGCAGAAGCCUCUGUGCUGCAGGGUGAGAAGACGUGCAGUCGUAAGAUCAA